UGCCGCGUGGUGGGGGACCGGGGAGGCUGAGGGUUGCUGGACUCGUGGGCUUCUGAGGUGUUUGUGCUGUGCUGGGCGAGGGAACACCCAGAGACUCCUGAACCGGGCUCACUCAGUCGCCUUUCUCCUCCGCCUGUCGCCGCGCCGGAGCCGGUGCUGUCUCUUUACCCACACUCCAGUGACACAAAAUGCCCUUCAAUGGUGAGAAGCAGUGUGUGGGCGAGGACCAGCCAAGCGAUUCAGACUCUUCCCGGUUUUCCGAAAGCAUGGCUUCGCUCAGUGACUAUGAGUGCUCCAGGCAGAGCUUUACAAGCGACUCUUCUAGCAAAUCCAGCUCUCCUGCUUCAACAAGCCCUCCCAGGGUUGUAACAUUUGAUGAAGUGAUGGCUGCAACAAGGAACUUAUCAAACAUGACUCUUGCUCACGAGAUUGCUGUAAAUGAGAACUUUCAAUUGAAACAAGAUGCCCUCCCUGAGAACAGCUUGGCCGGUAGAGUGAGGCACAUUGUCCACCAGGCCUUCUGGGACGUCUUGGAAUCAGAACUGAACGCUGAGCCCCCUGAGUAUGAACACGCCAUCAAACUGUUUGAAGAAAUCAGAGAGGUUCUCCUCUCUUUUCUGACUCCUGGUGGCAACCGGCUUCGCAACCAGAUCUGUGAAGUCUUGGACGCAGACCUCAUUAGGCAGCAGGCUGAGCACAGUACUGUCGACAUCCAAGGCCUGGCCAACUACGUCAUCAGUACGAUGGGAAAGCUGUGCGCUCCUGUGCGAGAUGAUGAUAUCAGAGAGUUAAAGGCUACCUGCAACAUCGUGGACGUGCUGAGACAAAUAUUUCAUGUCCUGGACCUCAUGAAAAUGGACAUGGUCAAUUUUACAAUUAGGAGUCUGAGACCACAUCUUCAACGCCAGUUGGUAGAUUAUGAGAGAACCAAGUUCCAAGAAAUUUUAGAAGAAACUCCAAGUGCUCUUGAUCAAACUACAGAAUGGAUAAAAGAAUCUGUACGUGAAGAAUUACUUUCUCUUUCUGAGACUGCUUUAACUCCCGGGGCCAAAAACAGCUCCAAGCCAAGCCUGAGCCCUACAUUGGUGCUAAAUAAUAGUUAUUUGAAAUUGUUACAGUGGGAUUAUCAGAAAAAAGAAUUACCAGAGACACUCAUGACAGAUGGAGCACGUCUUCAGGAACUGACAGAAAAGCUGAAUCAACUGAAAAUGAUUGCCUGCCUGUCCCUAAUCACCAACAACAUUGUGGGUGCUAUUACAGAAGGCCUACCUGAGCUUGCAGUCAGGCUAAAAAGGAUUUCAGCUGUUCUACUUGAAGGCAUGAACAAAGAGACCUUUAACUUGAAGGAAGUCCUAAAUUCUAUCGGUGUUCAGACUUGUGUUGAGGUAAACAAGACCCUGAUGGAGAGAGGUUUACCUGCUCUAGAUGCUGAGGUUCAAGCUAAUCUUGUAGGUCAAUUCUCAAGCAUUGAAGAGGAGGACAAUCCUAUCUGGUCCUUGAUUGAAAAACGAAUCCAGUUAUACAUGAAAAGCCUACUUUGUCUGCCAAACCCUCAAAAAUGCAUGCCUCCCGUGCCAGGAGGCCUCACUGUCAUUCAGCAGGAGCUAGAGGUGCUAGGCUCGCAAUAUGCAAACAUUGUGAAUCUCAACAAACAAGUGUAUGGACCAUUUUAUGCAAAUAUACUUCGAAAGCUGCUCUUCAGUGAGGAAGCCACGGGGAAGGCGGAAGCUUCAUCAUCUACUAACUAAAGAGGAACUGACGUUGGAUAAGAGAUUGGAAGCCCAGCACUUAGGUACCCAGUCUGUUUCCAUCCAUGGCAUUUCAGAUGCGGCACGUUCUCAGUCCUGUCUGUGGCACAGCGUUAGCCCAAAUCUGUGUAAUCCAGUAAUAUUAGCAUUGCAAAGACAUGCACGUCGUAAUGACCCUGUUUGUGUACCAUCUACAAGUCCAAAAGAGAUGUUUUUAAUGAACAGAAAGCAAUUUGUAAUUAAUUAUAUUACCUAUAUAAUACUUGUAAAUGUUUUCUUAAGCAUAUAAAUCUGGCUUAUUCAUUCAACCCGUAAGGAGUUGUAUUUCACAUCAAAUCUAAUGAUUUUUUUAACUUUGGUACAGCUUCUUAAAGGGUUGAAAGUUGUGAACAUAACCAAGGGGAUUGAUGUUCUGAAUAAAUGAUGUGAAGUAAGGGAUAAUCGUAUUUGAAAUGUACAAUUAAAUUUUAUUAAUGUGUAAUAGAAACUUACACAGUAUAAGUCCUCAAAUUCUACAAAUAUACCAAAUCACAUUUUGUGAUACCAAUUGUCAGUAUUUGUUUAGAAUUUCAAUGUAUUAAAUACAUUUUAAAGCUACAUACAAAUUUUAGAUAAAACCUCCCUUGUUCAUCUAGUGAAAAUAGAAACAAACCCCUUCUAAAAUUUUAUUCUAAAGGGUGGAUUCUUCUCACUUAUCCUGCUCUCUGAGGGAAACAGUUUUUGCACACAUCUCUUCGUGAAUGUCCCUGCAUUUCUCAGGCCAUUGAUAAGGUUUAUAUAAGAUUUUAAUAUUUUUAUAUAAGGCAGGAGUGGUUUGAAUUGUUUUACUUGUAAGAAGAAGAAAAAUUGAUAAAACGAUAUCCCCAUUCUCAGUGAAAUUCAUGUCUGGAAAAGAAACAGUUGAACUUUGGAAUUUUUAACCAUAUAAUGUGCUAGCAAAUGCCUUCUGCGCUGAUUAAAUUCUUAACCUGCUGUGACCAAGAUGCUCUUCUAAGUAUCAUCAUCAUUUGCCAUGCUUAUGUAUUAAAUUAAACUUUGCCAAGCUGGCACUGGUUGUCAGGAUUCUAGAGAAAUCUGCAUACCGUCCUGGAAUUACAUGCUUCUUCCAAAGUGUUAAGAGAAGUACUACCUUUUGGACGGACUCAGCCUGGAAAGUGCUUUAUUUGCAUGAAAUGCAUUUUGAUUGUUUGGUUUUCUGAGGACUCAUUGAACCUUAGUAAUUUGAUGGGGAAGAGUGGGUAGGAAGUAAAAAAUAAUGCUCCUUUCUUCCUCACCACGACCUUCACCAUUAUGGUGCUACCUAAUUAUUUGAUAAAGUUCUAGGAAAUGAUUGUGUGAGUAAAUUAUCUCCGGUCUUUACAUUUUGGAGGGAUCUGCCAGAAUUUGAGGAAAUUUUGAAAGUCAGUUUUUUUUCUCACAUGACCAAUACAUAAAUCAGCCAUCCUGUCCAUUUGAGCAGCUGUGUAUAAAUGGAAUUUUACUGAAGAGCACAUCAUUGGUCUCACCCAUUGUUUCCCUCUUCCUGUAUUUCCAUUCUGCCUGUUUCCUAUGCUUAGAAAUCAUAAGGUGCUGUAGAUUUUUGUUUUCAUUUUCUCUUAAGUUGAAGUAGUUUUCAACUGUGUUCACUUUGGGGCCUGGACAGCAGGGAGGGUCUGACAUAGAAAUGUAAUGUGUAGCAUAACUUUUUGUUGCUUUCUGAGGUGAACUGUAUAUUUAACCAGAAGACCAGGUGGUACACUUUUUUAUUAUCAGAUUGGAAUCCGUCUGGUAUUCUUAUAUACUUGAUUAUACUGUAGUUGCCAGCAGGAAAACAAUGUGCAAACAUUUUUUUAAAAUGCAUUUAACAUGAAGGGCAUUCUGCCUUUUUUUUUUUUUUUUUUUUUUUUAAGUGACAAAGUAAAUCUCAAUGUCUGAAGUCUGGAUUUAGGCAACUACGUUUAUUAGGAUUUUAAAAUCCUAUCCCUUAGCGUGUUGUUUAUUUGGUUUUUACUGAAAUGUUUACUUCUACUUUUGAGAAUUUUCUUAACAUGGUCUUGUUUUGUAAUGUCAAUUUUAUUAAACACCAUACACACAUUUUCAUUCUUCUACUGCUAAAACAUGUAUUGUGUGCACUAGUUAAAUUUUAAAACAUUAAAAAUUAUUUCAAGAUA